AUGGCAAUUGACAAGGACUCCAACGGCCGCCUGACUGCUAUGGAGCUGCAGGCGGCGCUGCAGCUGGGCGGCCUCAACUUCAGUCUGGCUACCGUGGCUCACAUCAUCCGGAUACACGACCGCAGCAACAGCGGCUCCAUCACAUUCGAUGAAUUUUCAAAGCUGCACGAGUUCCUGACCAACGUGCAGCACUCAUUUGAGUACUUUGACCAGGACCGCAGCAACAGCCUCAGCUAUGACGAAAUAUUCAACGCCCUCACACAUGCGGGCUACCAGCUGGACCGUCCCGCGCUGCAGGCAGUCUUUCAGCGCUUUGACCCCAGCCGCAGCGGCGCCCUGGGCCUGACCGAGUUCCUCGCCCUCACGCUCUUUCUGCGGAGCGCCACAGCCACCUUCAACUGCUCCUGCUUUGGCUGA